AUGACACGUGCAUCUCGCGCAACCUCCCAGCGUGGAGUGUUGACUGCGGCGCCGCAUGAUCGGCCCGGGGCCACUCUUCGAAAAAAGAAACCGUACAAGAUCGUUCUUGAGGCUGUCACCCAAGAGAAGCGAAAACUUAAAUCUUCUCUCACAUAUCAUGAUGCUGCACCACCUGGUUUCGGGUACAUUCCAGUAGGACAUCCGGAGAUAACAGAAUGGUGCAAGGAACAGUGCCGGCAGCGAAACCUCGACGUACACAUUGUGUCGGCGAAACCACGCAGCAAGGCCUUCUUUGACCCCGAAAAGAUUUCUUCUCACGUCCAUCGCAUUGGUCAUCACUUCCCCAUUGAGAUCAUCAAGCUCGCUUGCAGCAAAUUCGGGUACCAAUACGACGAACGCGGCCUCCGCCGUGUUAGAGGCAGCCCUGUGUAUGGCCCAGCUUAUGUUGAGAGGGGAAUAGCGAACUAUGAACAGCGACAGGCUCUACACGGUAAACCUGUGACUGAUACUGAGCACAAGGAGCAUAUACGCGGUGCCAUACGCGAGAUCUUUCCCAAGAUUCCUGAAGCCGACUUGACUUCUAUCGUGAAUCACGCCUUCGAAGAAGGAACUAACAGGGUUGGCAACGCGAAAGAACUCUCUUUAGCUCGCCGUGUACAGCUUGCAGUUGUUGCACAUAUUCGCCAUACAUAUACCGAGUAUGACAACAUCCUCAAGCACAAAACGGGCACAUGGACCGAGGCGCGACAGCAAGUUGAGCAUGUCUCACUAGCAAAGCUCAAGGAAUGGCGAGACGAAACGGAUGAAGCGAGCAACGAGCUAGAAGAGACCUUCCGCGAGGUCAUUGUGCUUGACGAUGACGAGGAUUCCAGCGACGAUGAGAGCUCAUCGGCUCCCAAUACCCGUGAACCUAGCAUGGAGAUUGUGUCUAGUCGAGCCACUGCGCGAGAUCUACAGCCGGAGCUCAUUGAUCCCAUGCGUGCUUAUGAUCCCUACAUGAGUAGAGCAUCGCGGAGGACAAUAGUUCUUCGACCCAUGCCUACAUAUUCACCGCGCAAGCCGAGGAGAUGUCCGAGCCUUGCCGCCCAGUUCGGCCGUGGGUCGUGA